CAGAAAUGGCAGCCUAGGUAUAAAGCAGCGGACGCAGGUUUCAGAUGGAGCGUUGGGACCGUCGCCCGCCAUUAAAGCUCGCUACGUUCUCCGAGUUGCAGAAUUAGGGCAAACAAAACCCUAGACAGCUUACAAAAGGUCUCACCUUUUGGAGCUAAAUUCGCUGAAGUUUGAUAAAGGUUGGGUUUUUUUUUGGUUUCGGAUGGGGAAUUGUUGGGGUUCGAGGAUCAAAGCUGUGAAUCCUUCGUUCAGUGCUCCGAGUUCAGGUGUUAACUCUCGGAGCAGCAGAAAAGGUGGAAAGGAAUUGAGUGGUUCUAGCAGUAGGGUUUCAUCCUCUUCAAUUCCUCUGACUCCUCGGAGCCAGGGCGAGAUCCUGCAAUCUUCGAAUCUGAAGAGCUUCACCUUCGGCGAGCUCAAGAGUGCAACGAGGAACUUUCGGCCCGAUAGUGUUUUGGGAGAGGGGGGGUUUGGUUCUGUGUUCAAAGGUUGGAUCGAUGAGCAGACCCUCACGGCGACUAAACCCGGAACUGGAGCUGUUAUUGCAGUGAAGAGGCUUAACCAAGAAGGGUUGCAAGGUCAUAGGGAAUGGCUGGCUGAAGUAAAUUAUUUGAGUCAGUUGCACCAUCCAAAUCUUGUUAAAUUGAUUGGAUAUUGUUUAGAGGAUGAUCAUCGUCUGCUUGUUUAUGAGUUUAUGCCUCGAGGAAGCUUAGAAAAUCAUCUCUUUAGGAGGGGUUCAUACUUUCAACCUCUAUCUUGGAAUCUCCGAAUGAAGGUUGCACUUGGAGCUGCAAAAGGACUAGCCUUUCUGCAUAAUUCUGACUCGAUAGUUAUAUAUCGUGAUUUUAAGACCUCUAACGUCCUUCUUGAUUCACAGAAUUACAAUGCAAAACUCUCUGAUUUUGGAUUGGCAAAAGAUGGUCCUACUGGCGAUAAAAGUCAUGUCUCUACUAGGGUCAUGGGGACUUACGGAUAUGCAGCUCCGGAGUAUCUCGCUACUGGUCACCUAACAACCAAAAGCGACGUCUACAGUUUCGGUGUUGUUCUCCUAGAGAUGUUAUCAGGCCGACGAGCAGUCGACAAGAACCGCCCCAAUGGGGAACACAAUCUCGUAGAAUGGGCAAGGCCCUACCUCCUGAACAAACGCAAGAUCUUUCGCGUACUGGACGGUCGUCUUGAAGGGCAGUAUUCGCUCAUUGGAGCUCAGAAGGCCGCGUCCAUCGCCGCCCUGUGUUUAUCAUCGGACUCUAGGUACCGGCUGACCAUGGAUGAGGUGGUGUCUGCGCUCGAGCAAAUUCAAGAGACGAAGGAUACAGCAAGAAGCCCUCAGGUACAACGUAAAGUCGGUGCUGGUGCAGCUGCUCAGGGGGCUCGCGGGAAAAGUAUGGAAGAAGUUGGGAGUAAGAAGGUGGCUUAUCCUAGACCGGCGGCGGCCGCGGCUCCUCUGUCUCUUUAGAGAUGAGGGGAGGUAUGCAGAAAGGUUAUGUAAUUUAUCCAGGUUGAUACGAGAUAAAGAGGAUUUAGUAGAGAGUAGAACUUGCAGAGUUAUGUAUGUAUUUGUUACCUAUUCUCUGUCCCUUUUUCAGUUAGUAUAUAGUUUAUUUGUUGCUCAUCUUUUUCAGUUGACAUAACUGCUAGAAUAUCAGUUUUUUUUUCUUCUUUUUUUCCCCGAAGGAAAUUUAGAAUUUUUUUUUUUUGGUGUUGGGAAAGUUGUUUUAAUAAUGGUCUCAUCCAACGGUGUAAGCUGUAUUUGUAUUGUAAACUAAGAAUGUAUAUUAGACUCGUAUAGCCCUCAACACUUUCAUGA